CCUAUCCAAUUCCUAAAUUAAAUCAUUCCCUUUCCUCCUUUUUCUUAACCGUUUCCACCCUUCACUCCCUCUUUCUCUCUCCACAAUUCUCCCUUCUUCUCUCUAACUCCCACUUUCUCUCUCCUCUCUCUCUAAAAUAUGGUGAGAGUAAAACAACCACAACAACAAGAACAUCCAUACAAUAGUAAUGAUGUUAAAUCUCACUUAGCCAUUGACACUUACAACAUUUACCAAAACUCCCAUUUUCCUUGCAUUCAUCAAAAACAUAAUCAUAAUUCCAUUCUUAAUUUCAACAUUCAAUCUUCUUUUAUUGAUUGGUACUUGAUUCUUAGAGUUGCAGAAGAUUCAAGCAUUUCUACCAUUAAAAAACAAUACCAUAAUCUUGCAUUGUUGCUUCAUCCAGAUAAGAAUAAACAUCCGAAGGCAGAGUUUGCAUUCAAGCUUAUUUCCCAGGCAUACAAAUGUUUAUCAGAUGAUGCAAAGAGAAUUUCUUUCAACUUGGAGAGGUUGAGAAACCAGUGCACUCACUGCAACAGAAUUCCACACAACAAAAAUCCUACAAAGAAUGUCAAUAACACCACAAAAAACUCGUCGAAAAACUCGAAAUUUUACAAAAUACAGCAACAUUUCAGAGCCAUCAGAGAGCAACUCAUACAAGAAGCCAGGGUUAUAGAAGGCUGCCUAAGAGUCAAUCAACGCUCGAAAAAGGAGUACCCGGUUUUCGACCCAUCGAAUUAUACACACCUUGGCUACCCACACAAAAGAACUCCUCAUCAUAAUCUGUUUCAGAAAAAUGGUGCUGGUUUUUGGGAUGUUCAGAAGCAGAAUGUGGUUCCGAAUUUCGAUCAAAGAAGAGGCAGAUGUGAAAUCCCUGUUUUUGAGCUUAGAACAGAUUGUAGCCUCAAUCAACAUUAACUCUGCUUGUGUUAGUUCUUGAUAAGUUUUCACAAUUUCCUCCCUUUGGCUUUGUCUGAAGAUCUAGCCAUUUUACACUAAAAUUACAUCAAAAUCAUGGAUCAAUAUGAUAAUUACUUGAAUCUCACCUAAUAUUACAAA